AUGACAUCUGUUAAAUUAUCUUCAGACAAUCCAAUGUCAUUACAACAUUUGGCAAAUCUUGCUAAUUUGUUGAAUUGCUUAACUGAGUCACUAGCGAAAUCUCAAAAUUUAAGACGGUUUCUUCAAGCAAGCUAA